ACCCGACACAUGCUUCAUCCGGGCCAACCCAAUCUCUCUCCGCUUUAUCACCCAUCCCUCCUGUCUCUUCGACUCUCGAUUGCAAAACCGGCCGGCGUACAAUUCCGAUCACCGGCAUCAAUUCCAGGCCGAUCAAAACCCUCAUCACAAUCUCGAUUUAUCGAGCUUUGUUGUCUGAGAUCUGUGCCUACAAUGACUGUUUCGGAAGACGAAGACGAAAGUCUCGCCUAUUACCUCGAAUCCGAAGUCCUCUCCGAGGUCUCCGAUCAGGAAGAGACGAAGGCAGUGGAGGCGGUGGAGACGGAGGAGGAGCGAGAACCAAAGAGGUUGCGAGUAGAGACGGAGUUCUUCAGCAAGAUCCCUCUUGAACUCUUCCAUCACAUCCUCAAAUUUCUCUCCUCCGAGGAUCUUAUUUCUUGCUCACUGGUUUGUAGAUUACUCAAUUUUGUAGCUUCAGAUGAGUGCUUAUGGCGUCGCCUGUACUGUAUGCGUUGGGGUCUGCUACCCCCUACAAAAAAAUUGCGGGAAUGUGCUUGGAAAAAGCUUUACAUCCAGCGUGAUGAAGAGGACAUGGCUGAAUUUGUUAGGAAUUGCCCCUCUGAGUUCAAAGAGUAUUAUGUCCAAAUGCAGGCAGCAAAGAGAAGCCAAACACCUCUUCCUUCUCAGGUGAAUGAUGACCGGAUUAUUCUUGACAAGACUCUUACUGAUCAAGUGUCUAUAUGGAAAAGCAGCAGAGGCCUGACUGAUAAGGUGGUCUUGGACCAUGAUUGCUCUGGAGAAACAUGUACUUACUAUCAAAUUGGAGAUGUAUUUGUUUGUGAGAAGACUGGCCAGGUUCAUGUUUGUGAUGAUACAUGUAGAGAAGCUGUUUUGGACCCUACAAAUGAGCUUUUGGUUUGUACAAUAUCUGGACAUUGUUUUGAUAGAUUGCUGUCACCAGCUGAAAUGGAACCAGACACUGAACAGCAGCAAGGUGGUGUUUCAGAUGACGCAGAACCAUUCAUGGGGUCUGGCCGUUUUGCACGGGCUUAUCUGUUGGGAUAUAAUUGUGCUGAUGAGAAGGAGCUACAAGCUGCUUUGAAGUUUUGCUGAUUUAAACCCCUCUCUUCAUGAGUGGCUGCUCUGGCAUGCUGAGAAAUGGCAUUUAAUCUUUUCUGUUUUACUAUUUGAAAGUUUUUAAGAUCGUUUAAUCUAAAUAGUAUGUAUGAAAAAGUCUUUAGGUUGCUUUUUGUUGCAAGUAUUCCUCUUAAGCCGCUGCUUAUGUCUAGUUUUGUCUAGUAAUGUAAGAUAAAAGGUACGCAAAUGUAUGACGUAAGAUGAUGCUGGAGCAUUAUAUUGUUCUAUGCGACAAAUAUUUAGAUUGACACAUAUGAAAAGCUUUUAAAGUAUGCCAUUGUAAGGUUUUCACGCA